AUAUUAUAUUCCGAUAUAAUCGUCUUUAAAAUAAAUAUCGCGGGAAAAAAUAUAAAUUGUCUCGCGUCGACGCCCGACGUUUCAUUUACGCUGCGGCCGGCGAGCUUGACGGACACACGCGGUUCCGGUACACAUUCGAAUUUUGUCCGUUCUCUCAAAACGACACAAUAUGAGCCCGAUGAACAAACCGUGCGCCAUGGAAUCGUUGGUUGAAGACGUUCCACAAAUCAACUUUUUCAUCUGUCCGGCCGUGGUCGAAGACUGCGAUCAGGUUUACGAAUUAGUACAAGUAAUGAGAAACGCUUACAUAUUUAUUUAUUUAUUUAUUGUAUUAAUUUUAUGAUUAUUUCGUACAAUUUCGUCGGUAGAAAUAAUUCGAUAAAAAUGCCUAUACGGCCCGUUUGGAAAUAUUAUUCGUUCGUGGAUUCGAUCAUUCGUGGCGCGCAUUCGUUGAAAAAUACACAAUCCUAUUAAUUUUUUAAAUAACUGCGAACGCACUUAUAAAUCUAAAUCGGAACGCAAACGCAAAAUCGGUUUAGCGAUAACUGUGCAGAUAAAAAAAUUAAAAAAAUACCUAAAUAUAAUUACUUGUAUACGUACAGUAAUAUUGCGCAUAAUUUUAAUGUUUAUAAAUAAUAUUGGUAAUUUAGUCAUUGGCGCAAUUUGACCACCAAUUCUGGGGGCGCCAAAAUUAUGAACACUUCAAGUCAAAAGACCCGUGGGUGCUAUGCCCCCCACAAUCCCAUUUACGUGAAUCUUACAAUAGUUAACUACACCUUGCAAUUUUGUGCGCGUACAAAUUCGUCACGAUUAUUUUAACAUUAAUUUUCCGUUUUCAUGCACACAUGCAUUGUCCGUAGAAAACCUAUAUUUUAUUCUGUUCGUGUACUACAUGAAAUACACGGAUAACAUAUUUUAUCAUCGUUAUGGAAAACCUGAUCGGGUUUAUUUGGAAGGCGCUAAUUUUAAACUCGGGGCCGCUGAAUUAUUUAGUGCUAUUCAAACCGUUUAUUUAGCCAUGCUUGCUAUUAAAUCUAAAACUAUCGAAAAAUAUUACUUUAAAAUGUAGUGUGAAAAAAAAAAAAUCAUUUCAAAUCGAAACUACUUACUACUAUAGCAGGUAACCUACGCUUUGACCGUUUUGUGUUCGGUAUUAUACGAGUUUAGUUUUGUAUCCGUGUAUCCAAUUUUAACCGAGGCCCCGUUUCCGUAUGAUCUAUAGGUAUUGCGCGAAAACAUUUUACGUGAUCAUAUGCGCGUUGAUAAAGAACGGCGAGGCCUUCGGCACACGCGGCUCGACCCUGCAGCUGAACAACUCAAUAUUUACGUACUGCGAUAGAGAUAAAAGCGAAAAUGACACCACGCAAACCGUUGUUCGUUGUAGGCAACUAGAUUAUCGUACCGUUUUGGAUGUUGGUGAACGUGUGUACUAAAAAGACUAUAGAUAUACCUAACCUAUGUAUACGUGUAAUACGAUCUAGUCUACGUAUAAACAUGAAAACCCAAGCGGGAUGAAAAAUCUGUGCCCUUUAUAGACACGGAAAGAAAUUAUAUUAAUAAACCCUUGCGAUAAAACUCGAUGAAAGAUGAUCGUUAAAAGUGUCGCAAUUUUCAGUAGACGGUACACGCACACAGGCAGUUGUCUAAAUAACCGUCCGAAAGCAGAUAAACCGCUCGAGAGAAGAUAAACAGUUUACACAGAUCGAUGCAAAACAUGCGGAUUUAAUAACGCGCGUGUUCGAUCGAGUGCGAAUAAUUUCUAUCGCUUGUGUAUGAAAAAAAAAAACAUUUUUUCUUAUAUUAUAAUAUACCGUACCUAUUUCGGAUUGAUUUAAUAAUACUCUUAUAUUAUUAUCAAUUGUUAUUAUAAAAAAUAAUACUAGUAUACACGUGUAUGGCCCGUGGCCGAUUACCGUGAAAAAAAAAAAGAAAUUAACAAACAACGUGCGGGCCCGGAUUGAACCGGCGAGCUAUCGAGAUAAUGGACCGCUCGAAAUUAUUACUGUCCGCCCGUUUGUUUUUCGGCUGAAUUCGUCGUCAAUACGAAUAAUGAUGCGAUCAAAUUGUAUAAUUUCGGUGAAAUGCGUCGUGUGGCUCGGUGGCCCGACGGCCGACGACGCAUUCCCCCCGUCCGGCGCUGGCAUUAGUUACGCGGUUGUUUUCGAUAGGCAUUUUAAUAUUAAUCAUUCGCGUAGAAACUUCACGCGUAUUAAAUAUCAAAAAUCGCGCGCGGAUCCGACGGCUUUUUUCGUUAUAUUUUUAAUCGGUGUUUUUACUAAGACGAACAAAUGUUACAUCGCGAGGGCCCGAAAUUGUUCUACCCGCCCCUUUACCUAUAAAUAUUAGUUUUGUUUCGCGCUACACGUCGCCGUCGCAACAGAAUACCUACCUAACCUACCUCCUAUCUAUCGUGUAGCCAGGUCUAUUCGUUUAUUUUUAGAGAUUCAUAAUGCAAUAAAAACAUCAAACUGUUACAAAAGUAUAAAAAAAAACUACUUACCCAGAGUUUUAUGAAAAAGAAAAUAUUGCAUUUUAAACAGCGAUUACUGUUUACAAACAAAUACAUUUUUUAUAUGUAACUGGCGAGUGCUUUUAAAAACAAAAUGGGUAGGUACCUUGAUUGGUUUAUAUUCUUGCGUUUUGUCAGUUUUUUAAUAAUUCAACACACAUUAUCAAAAAUUAAGGUUUAUUAAGUCCGAAGUCGUCGUCGUGCAUAUUAUUAUAGGCUCCACGCGACAUCGAUUUUCAAAUGCGUAUCUACGUGUAUACAACUAAGACAAUUGUUUUAACAGUAGGUUAGUAGGUACAAUACAAUAAUUAUACAUGUCCUACACCCUGUAGGGUGGGUAUUUAUAAAUUAUGAUAUACCUGCAAUCUAAUAAUAUAACAACAUUUUCAAUUAGGUAUACCCGUGUUUUAAUAUUUACUGCAACGGUUAUUAAGCACCAAUGUAGAUUAGGUAGGAUUUUGAAGUAGUUUAUUUUAGACUACGGACGUAGCAAGGAAGCUAUUGGUUUUACUUGGAUGUUAAUUUUUUCUCUUUCUUUCAUCUAGUCUGUGAACACGUUUUUCCCUAUUAAACUUGUUACGAUUUGUACGCGUAGCACCUUUUCUGAAACCUCAAGUUGUCUAAAUUGUACUUUAAACGGGUCAUUUUUUGAUUUUCGACGCCAUUUUUCUAAAUAAAAACACUAAAUGUGAAAAUACGUAGGAAAACGUACGAUUUCACUAUUUCAUAAAAACACUGACGUUUUCUAGCAGAAAAAAUUAUUUAAUCGAAAAAUCACAAGAUACCUUUUGAUUUACUUUCAUACGGUAUCAGUUUUUUUGCUGUAAUUAGGUUAUAAAUACACAUAAAAAUUGAAAUUUGGUAAUAAUACUUAUAUUGGACUUGCCUAGACGUAUAUUAGACUUACCUGGACGUGGUAAAAUUUUCAAAAUCAUCAGAUGACUUUUUUUUAUUAAUGUUUUGAAAUCAAAUUUAAAUUAAAAUUGCAAAAAGAAUUACGGCACUUCAAACUAUGAAUUAUCUUAGGUAUUCACCUUCCCAAAUUCUCACCUAUAAAAGUAGCUGCACCCGUCUCCAAUAUCGGAUCUUUUUUUUUUUGAUUUAUUAACUCGAUCGAUACUUAAAUUUAAGUCUGUAAAAUAAAUGUUUUAGAAUCUUAUCGCUUGUCAAGUAGGUGUACUUAUAAUACUAGACAAAAAACAAGAGUUGAACAUAUAAAAUAAAUCUACUAAAUUUUAGGCAGGUGUAGUUUAUUAUGGGCACACGUAAACUUAAAGAUUACCUAACUUUUUACUUGAACUAUCAUAUAAAAUUAUAUAAUGUGUAAUAAAUUUGUUAUUUAUGUAUUUUUUUUUUUCUAGGAAUACUAUUCUGAAUAUGGAAUACCAUCUAACAGACAACUAAACAAAGAAAGUAAGUAAUUCAUAAACAAUUAAUAUAUAAAUGUAAUUUUUUCAUAAUCAUAGAACUUUUAUAUUAUGUAGGCAUUCAUAUACGUACUCGGAUUAAAAUUUGAUUAGUUAUGAAAUGUCUAAGUAUAAAAUUGUAUUCUAUUUGACUCAAAUGAUUUAUUAUAGCAUAAUACUUUCUUAUACUGACUAUUCAAAACUUUCUUAUAUUAAUGCUCUUUUUGUUGACUUCCAAGUAAAUAUACUGUUAACUGUGGUUGUACCAACUUUUCAAUGCCUACUAAAUUCCUGAAGAUUUAAAAUAUUUAGAUAAUACAUUUUCAUAAAUUAAAGAAAAGUAAAUAAUUUUAACCACAAGUUUAGAUCUCAGAACCGGAUUAAUGAAAUUAGCGGCCCGGAGCUGAUCUAUUGUGUGGGUCCUAAUUUUACAAUAAAAAAAAAGUUUUAGUGAAACAUAUUAAGGUACAUUCUACAUAAAAUAAAUAUAUCUGCAGGAUAUAAUGUAUAAGUGUUAGGAAAUUAAACAAUUACCACUAAUUUAAUAAUUAUUGUUUUAGCAUUUUUAAGAGAUGGAUUUGAAUCUCCAAAACCGAGUUUCCAAUGUUUUAUUGCAAAAACUAGAAAAGAAGGUAGGUACACAUAUAUUUUUUUCUAUAAUAUCUAAUAAAGUGAAUUAGAUUAUAAUUUAAAUAUUUAUAUUCCUUACAGACGACUCUAUUUUCGGAUUCGUUUUGUGGUUCAGACCGAUUGAAAAUAUAACUACUGGCCAAAGAGUAUUUUUAGAAGCAUUGUAUGUGUCAAAACCUUAUCGCCAGAAACAUGUUGAACAAGCGCUAUUUGAACGAACAAUUCAAAUUUAUUAAAAUAUGUCACCAUAAAAGUUGCAGCUCAUGUACUCAAUAACAAAAAUAUUAUCUUAAUAAGAAAAUACAAAAUUGAAGUAUAAGACUACAAAUUGGAUUGACAACAACGUUCCUAUAUUUACCUAAUAGAAAAUUAAUCAAUUAUUAUCUUUGAAGUGUUAUAAUUCAAUAGCUAUGCAUUACCACAAGAUGUAAAUAAAGGGGGGCUUAACCAUCUCAAGCUCCACCUAUAUUUUAAUUUAGUUUUUAAUAUUAGGUCUAUAACAUACUGUGCUUAAGCUCUAUAUAUAUUUUCAUACUUUAAUAUCAAUAAUCACCACUGAUAUUCGUGAACAGCUCAAGCUGACAUUUCUCCUAUGUAGGAAUUGAUGAAAAUUUAGAACAAAUAAUGAACUCUUAGUAAUUUUUUUCUCAACAUUUUCAAUUUUAUCUACUUUGAAAAUCUCAAAAAAAACUGAAAAUAACAAAAAGAAAUAAAUAGUGUAAUAUUUUAAUUUUCUGAGGUCUACUCAGAAUCAUAAUAUUUAUGUUCAGAUUUUAGGAUUAUUCAUAUACAUAAUGUGUAUAUUCCACCUGCCCUAGGCUAUUUUUAUAUUACCAAUAAUAUAAAAAUAACUGUUGCUAGAUUUUUUUUUUUUUUUUUUUUACAUUUUAUUAUUAAUUGAUGUUUUUAGGUCAUUGAUAAGUACCUAUUCAAUGUUAUUCAGACUUCUUUUUGUAUCUGUCUGCUGACUAUUUACUAUCUUCUAAUAAAAAAUGUUGUCAUUAUUUAUUGUUUAAAAUAAAUUUGUGUUUUUUUAUUAUUUAAAAACGUUUGUUUUUUUAAACUAUAGUUUGAUAUUAACACAAUGCUAAAACAAGUAAUCACAUAUUCUCUACAGUUAAAAAAUGAUAUAAUGUUUAAUAGACAUAAUACAUUGAUAGAUAUUUUAAACUUGUGAGCAAUAUUGGAAAUGGAUAAAAAAAAGAACUGAUACUGGUGAUAGAAGUAGCCACUGUUGUAGCUGAGAAGUUGGAAAAGUAGGAUACAUAAGGUUGUUUCAUUUAUAUAUGUGAGCAACAAUAAAUCAUUGCUUGACGAAAGAUGAUUCUGAGCGUAGUUUGGUAAUACAUAAUUUGAAAUGCCAUUAUUUUUUUUCGAUUUUCAUUUAAAUUUGAUUUCAAAACGCUAAUAAAAAAAAAAAGUCAUCUAAUGAUUUUGAAAAUUUUACCACUUCUAGGUAUGUUCAGUAUAAGUAUUAUUACUGAAUUUUAAGUCUCCAUGUGUAUUUAUAACCAAAUUGCAGCAAAAAAAUUGAUACCAUAAGAAAGUAAAUCAAAAUGCAACAAAAAGGUAUUUUGUGAUUUUUCGAUAAAAUAAUUUUUCCUGGUAGAAAACUUCAAUGUUUUUAUAAAAUAAUGAAAUUGUAUGUUUUUCUAUGUUUUUUCUCGCUUAAGUGCUAUUAUUUAAAAAAUUUAAAUGUUUUAGAGUGUUAAAGUGUUUAGAGCACAAUCUUGAGGUUUCAGAAAAGGUGCUACAUGUAAAAAUUGGAACAAGUUUACUAGGGUAAAACAAGUUCACAGACUAGAAGAUAGAAAGAAAAA